AUGGCUCAAAGGAAAGAGUUUUUCGUACUGAGCGUCCUUCUCAUUCAAAUACUAACUAACAUCAAUGGAUUGCAUAUCAACGAGCAUCUCCACAUGGGUGCAUCCGAGUUGCCCUUAGAGGGAGUGGACCCAACCGAAUACCCACUAGGCAGCGAAGAACUUCUCGCUACGGAUGCAUCCGAGUUGCCCUUAGAGGGAGUGGACCCAACUGAAUACCCACUAGGCAGCGAAGAGCCUAGCUCUUUUUUAGCGCUAUAG